AUCAAUAAUUUGCCACCUCUACGAGAAUCAGCACAAGUUUAAAACUUCCCUUUUUCCCUUUGCACAAUGACGAUGACAGCAAGAGAAAGGAGCUUGGCUGCUCCUGCAGAUCAAGAAUGGACACCCGAGGAAGAGAUUCAGCUAUUUUAUGCCAUGGCGGGCCUAAAGCCUGUCGGUGUUAACAAGCAUUUCUACAUAGCCUGUAUUGCCGAACGCUUAAACCGUGACACAGAGAGUGUUUGGGGUCACUUGCGAACCUUGUACAAUCUGGAGGCUCUAGAUGAAUUGGAACCACUGCCAUUUCCCAAUGAUGAAAAAGAAUUUUCUUUGCCCGAAGCCGAAUUUUCGUUGGUUCUAUCGAAGAAAAGAGGCAAUAUUGUUGAGGACAAUAGCGACCCUCCAUCCAUAAUUGCGGUCGCAACCGACAACACAACUAAAGACAAAUCAUUUACACAAACCAAAUUACCUAGCACAACGCCCACAGUUAAGGACUUGGAUAAGAAACUUACUGCAAAACUUUCCGAUGCUCCCAAGCGAACCCCAAAGCGUACCAGAGGUUCUAUGUCAUUGGAAUCAAACAGCCCUUCAACCACACCGCCACCGCCUCCUGUUCAGAGUAACAAAAGACGACGCAUAUAAUAAUCAUAACAUUACAAUCUGCUGUCCAUUUCAGUUUUCCUUAUUUAUAAGUUUUAUUUUCCAUAAGUUUAGUUACAUAAAAAAAUACUGCAAAAGAAGAAAUUAAUCGUCGAA